UCUCCAUCUUCUUCAAACCACACACUCACCAAACCUCAAGAAACAAAUCAUCAAAACACGAACGAUAUGGCUUCCACGGACGCAGUCUCCCGCCCCACACCAACUCCGGACCAUGACACAACCGUCGUAGUAGUGGUGUUUGUCUCAUUGGGUUGUGUCAUGUUCUUGUUGUUCCUAGCGUUUGUUAUCUGGUUCUUGAUCAAGAAAAGAUCCAAGAAGCACUCUGAGAAAUCUAAGGCGGUUCGUAUGGAUGAGCAUUUUAAGAUGAAAGAAGCUAUAGUUGAAGGACCUAAUGGACAAAAGUCUGUGGUGUUAUCAGUUGAGGAUGAUGUUGAGUUCUCAGAUGCAAUCAAGAAAGAUGAGAAAGAUUUGAAGAAACAUGGUGCAGUUGGCUCAUCAUCUGUCGCUUCACGUUCUUAAAUGAACCUUCAUUCAUAAUAUUGCCAAUAUAAUUAUUUAUCUUAUAAUUAUUGCGUUUGUGUGUAUCAUUUGUUUGGUGAAAUAAAAAGCAUCCGAAAUAUUGUUUUAUCUAUA